UAUUUAUUUUUAGUCUCUGAGUAGAAUUCGUAUCGUGCGGUACCGGCCGACCUGCAAAGCCUAGUAUGGUGGCAGCGUAGAAGCUCAAUACACCGUUAACAAUAGCGACCCAGUGUGUGCUUUGACAAGUGGAGAAAUUAACCCUAAGGCCCUAAUUUUAACGUUUUCUGGUGGCGUGCGGCGCCCUCGUGUUCGAGCAAGAAUCAAAACGUGUGCGCGGUGCUCGUUUAUUUAUACAGCAGUUGGUGGUGUCGCCGUGUCGCGCGAAAAAUAGUUUACAGCCAUUUUGUGCUGCCAGCAACAGAUGCCGAUGACCGGAAGCAGAAACGUGGAAAAUUAAUCAAUCACCACCGGACACCGUAAGAAAAUUGUCUUUAUCGAACGGGUGGAUUACAUCUGAAACGUGUGAGUUUAUGAAGGAUUCUUCGUACCAAGGUGUUCAUAGUGAAAAAGAAGCCAGUGGAAAAAGUGUUCAAAACCUGCGUACAAAUAGUAUUUCGCUGCUGAUUGAUAGGCACCAAUUCGAGUGAAAAAAACUCGAUUGUAGCCAUAGUGUCAUUAUCAUCCGUGCCAAAUCGAAACUAACUAGUGCGCGACGUGAACAGCAGUGAGUGUGCAAUAGUUUGUGCAGUGUUCUUCAUUCGUCAGCUGGAUACUUCCUGUUAACGGAAGUCGAAACUAACGGUAACUAUAAAGACAUGGGCUGUUUAGGUAGUAAGGAUCGCCUCUCCAAAGAGGACAUGGACUUCCUCAAAUCACACACUCGAUACGAUGAGUCCACAAUCAAAGAGUGGUAUAAAGGGUUCAAGCAAGAUUGUCCCAACGGCAAACUAACCCCAGCGAAAUUCGUAGAUAUGUACAAAAUGUUCUUCCCGUCUGGAAAUGCCGAAGAGUUCUGCGAUCACGUCUUCCGGACGUUCGACAUGGACAAAAACGGCUAUAUUGAUUUUAAGGAAUUUCUGUUAGCCAUCGACGUGACAUCUAGCGGCACACCGGAAGAGAAGCUAAAGUGGGCGUUUAGAAUGUACGACGUGGACGGAAACGGUGUCAUAGACAUCCAAGAAAUGACCAAAAUAGUUCAGGCGAUAUACGACAUGCUGGGAGCGUGCUCAUCGAACAAACCGGCUGACUCGGCGGAGGAGCGCGCGAAAAACAUUUUCGCCAAAAUGGACGAAAAUAACGAUGGCCAAUUGACGCAGGACGAAUUUCUCAAAGGCUGUCUACAGGAUGAAGAACUGUCGAAAAUGCUGGCACCCUAAACUUAAUGAGAAGAACAAAAUUAAAUAAAAAGUAGCUUCGCUAGAUAUUCGUAUCAUUUAAGCAUCGCAAAGAGCAAAAUACAACAGAACAGGCCACAGAAGCAGUUGUUUGUAGGGUAUUCACUUACACAUAAAAUUAGCGGUGAAAAUUGCGAUAAAAUACAUCCGAAUUGAAACAUUGUCAGUGACACAAAAAGUUAAGGCCCCCAUAAAUUAAGCAGAAGGAGAAUAAAAUCCGAGCAAAAACAACCAUUAGGGAAUUUUCGCGCGUAAGUUAAUAAUCACAAAUUUCAUAAGAAAACAAACCAAAUGUAUAGCCGCCAAAAACAGUAACUUGGCAGCGGCGAACGAAUCGAACUUUGCUAGUCCGAACCAGCAACAAAAAGCAGGAAAGACGAGUACUCAUAGUUAAGAGCGGUAAAUUUGCAUGAUAUUAAAAAGUAUAUAUAUUUAUUAAAGCGGUAAUUUUUCACCAAAUCACCGAGUAUUACACAAAACUACAAAAAAAAAGAACGCAGAUAAACAAGUAAUUUGUUAAGGUUUUUCGUUACCAGUGUAGGCCAGAUGGAAAAUCACAAACCAUACCGAAGAAAACAGAGGCAAAUUGUUAUUCUCCAGUGCGUAAAAUAAUAAUACAAUAGCAAAAAACCUCACGCUGAAAAAAAACAGGGCCGAAAUUGCGAAGCGAAAUAAGAUAGAGACAAAAAACAAUACGAUAAUCAUUCGAGUAGUUGAACAGCAGCAGCAAGUGCUAUGAUAGGGCAGACAAGCUAACCGUUAUCAGAUCAUUUUUAAACAUGAUGAUAGAUGGGCACUAUUUGGCCACAUAUAAACAAAACAAAGCAAAACAAAAAAAAAUACAAUUGUCGAUUGUUGAAUACGUAGCUCUACAACCCAUCAUUGCUUCCGUAAGAUAGGGGACGUGCAAAUUCACCAAUUUUCGGUAAUUUGUAAUUUAAUAUCCUUUCUCAGUGAAGUGUCAUCUACGCAUAGCAUUUCAAAACUUAGUUUAUAUGACUUUAUCUUACUCAUUGAAGUAUCAUAAUUGAUCUGAAGGAAUGAAGCUGAUCGAAGAUUGAUGGUGAAUUUGCAUGUUUACUAUUUUUGGGUGUUCUUUUCACCGCUCGAACGGGUAGGUGUUUCAUUGAUCUUAAGUAAGGUAGAUAGUGCUGGAAGAUAACCCCGGUUAAGUGGCCCAAAACAAGCAUUACAUUCGGUAUAGAGUAAUUACCUACCAUACCAAACCAAUAUUUGAUGAGUAAUUUUAAAACAUUUGCUCUCUCUCUCAUUCACAAAACAUUCGAAGGUGCAUUUUCGCUUUAGGACGCUAUAUUUUUCCGACAUUUUUUCUCGGGUUUUCCAUUUAAACUCAUACGUGUAUUAACAUAGGGGCACAAGGAAGGGCAAAUAACGAUUUCAUUCCACGUUCUUAGCACGCAACCAAUUCAUUCGCAUACUGAACAAGGGGAAACUUUAUUCAUAUAUUGCUCGGCGUAAAUGUAUGUGUAUGCCGUCAGGAGACGGUUCCGGGCGGGAGCUCAGCUGGUCUUUGCCACUUUUAACGGCCAUUUACAUUGUUUGAAGAGGGCUUUUCCUAAUGCAGUACGCUGCGUGGGUUGAUGAGGAUAACUUUUCACUACUGUGCUUGAAAGCAUUCUACUGCGGGAAACUUUUGCGAUAAUCAACUCAAAUCACUGCCAACCCAUGUUUUCGGAAAAUACGUAUAUCGCAGAGCAGCUAAACAACAACAAAAAACUCACCUCGGUUCGGCCACGCUUGACAUUAGCUGUUAAAAGGUUUAGAAUGGUGGUGCACGGAUAAACAAAUAAACAAGACAUCUGCGUAACGCUGCCCGAAUUAGGCGUCGCUGAUUGAUUUAUUACAUUCCCUUGUUCUCGGUCUUUGUUGUGCUGAACCACAUAAACCAUCGGGAAAAAUCAAUAGACAUCAGCCUCCAGCACUGUUCAGUCAAUCCUUCAGUGACGACGAAUAACGACAACGGAGCAAAUUGUUCGAUUAAUAUCGUCGCUUUUUGUUUUUAUUUUUUUUUUUUGUUUUAUUUUUCACUCCCACUGGGUUAUUGUCUAAACAAGUAGAAACAACUUAAAUUCCAAUGCAAUAAAUCACCAGUUGAUUUAUUUUCCGGGUUGCUGAGCAGCAAAUUUAUUCCAGCAUCCAUCGUAGAACAGAAGAUCGCGUCUUGGAACGUCCGUCGGGGUAAGUUGGUGCUUUUAUUUCUUCGUCUGAACUAGACUGGAUGACGAGAACGAUUUUGACAGAUUCAAGGCACAAGUAAGGUGAAGUAAGGAAUAUUUUAAAAUAUUUAUAUUUUGGAAGCUGCCCAAUUCACUGCGAUUUUCGGUAAAUUGUAUUAAGAGUUUCCUCUUUAAGGAUCAACAUCUUCUUCACUGAAUCUGUAUCGUAUCUUAAGAUAGUAAAAGCAACUGCAGAAGCACAAUUGACGAGCAACAUUUCAAAGCGUCCAAUGUGCAAAUGACAGAUUCUAACGCUUAUCACGGCGUUAUAAAAGCACUCUAAUGCGGCUAUUUUGCAUGAAACGGUUGCUGGCGUUAUUGGAUAACUAAUGCUUAGGAAGGGGCAUUCAAGUGUAUUUAUGCCACCGUAAUAAGCAUAGGAGAGGAGACUUUUAUUUGCACAUUGGACCUUUUGACAUGUUGGUCGAAAAUUAGACUCUCGAUAAUGAAAAAGUUUUUUGGCUUUUCUAAUUUCUCUCUAAUUUGUACUGAUUUCAUAGCUUCGCUGCCAGUAUUCGUCCAUAGUGGGUUGAAACAAUCAAGGGAAUUUGGACUUCGCGAAACAACAUAAAAGUAAGCGAACGUAAUCACCACAUCGAUUGUGAAUGGUUGGUUUCGAAAUCGCUUGGAUUUAUUUUUAGAUAUCGACGAUCAUUAUUUUCUCGAUUUCGACGAAAACGCAAUCGUUAACAGAACCAACAGCACAAAGAAAACGGGCGAGAAAUUUGAACAUUUCCAUUACUUCAGAAGCCACAUUUAUCAGAUUAAUCCCGCUGUCGUUGUUGCUGUGCGAUUGUCGAAAGCGAUACGAGGUGAACGUUUAUCUUUGCCCUGUAAAUUUUUCGCCGAAAGGAACCACUAUCUCCGAUUUCCCAUGGGUUAUUGAUAUGCUGUGCUCUUGAUUACGCAAGAUUAUUUUCGUAGCCAAGUUUCGCCUUAAGUCUCAAACAUAAGAAAAAUUAACGAUAUUCAAUCUAUAUUUUCGUCGACUUUGAACUUGGCUCCAUCGUGUGCACGAAACACAGCAGAGUAGUAGAAAUUUUCCUCAACAACCACCCUCGCAACGUACUGGAUUUAUCUGCAUACUGUUACUCUUCAUUUAUCCCGCCCGGCUUUCUCCUAGUCCGGAAACAGUGAAGCCUUUUAGCUACAAAUCGCAUAUUUUUCAGUCAGAUGUACUUUUGUAAAUAUUUUUAUACCACUAAAUAUUGAACAUUUCGUUUUGACUGUCUACCAUAAGAAGUGUACAAUUUUCUAGUUUAGUAAAUCUUUCUUAUUCGGUUCGAUUUUUGGGCAAUUUUUCCUACUAGUAAGACGAGAUCACUUUUCUAUCAAAACUCUCGAACUACUGAUACUAAUUUAAGAACAUAAAAAAUACAAAGUUUACGGCAAGUCUUACACUUCAUAUAUUUAAAUGAAAAGGAAAAAUACCACAAAAAACUACUAAAUGUGAAACACGAAUCCAUUUUUGCACAAAACUUUAACAUGUGUUAGCACAAGUAAAAAAGGAAGAAAAAGAAAAGAUAAGUAAAAUAUUUAAAGUAUUUAGCAAACUCAGAGCAAACAACUGUCAAAACUAACUAUAGAACGCAAACAGAGUCAAGCUGAAAGCUGAUAAGUUAAAGAGAACGAGCAUACAAUUCAAAGAAAUCGUCAUCUAUAAAUCUCUCUCUUUUCAAGAAAGUGAAUGUUAAUAUAGCCUAUAUACUAUUAGAAUAGAUAAAAAUGAAAAGAGCAGCACACGCAAAACCUAAAGGAAAACACUAGACACUAAUCACGCAGAACACUCGGAUUAAUACCUUUACUUUCGUUUUUCAAUUAUUUCUCGGAGAACAAUCGCAAAACAAUGAUAACGAAUUUUUGAAAAUCCCGCGCUUUAUAACCAUUAUGGAAAAAAGAGGAGAAAACACCAAAAAAAAAUUAACAAACCUUUGACAAAAACAUGCAAAAACACAACAAAUUCGAACAAAAAAAAAUCAAAUUAAUGUUACUACCAAGUCCUUUGAGAACGUGAAAAACAAAUUCUGGCUGUUUAUGGCUUACGAGAAGUAACAGAAACAAAAAUACAUGUAGUCAAUACAAAGUGACAAGAAAAAAAUAAUCGCCGACAAGCUUGCACUGUCGUUUCCUUUCAUCACCUCUCACCACCACCACCACCAGCAGCUAUAAAAAAGCUGCUGCUUUUCCUCGUUUCGGGGUCGAUUUUUCCGCACAUUACCGACCGAGGCUUGCUGAUAGGAGAUGAAAAUAUGCUGUCACGUUCGAUUGAUGUCGCGCUUGUCUGAUGGGGAUGUGUUGAAGUGUAUAAACAUGUCUUAACCUUAGCUUAACCGAAGUUGCUGAAAACAACGGCCGUUUGAAAGAGAAAUUUCACUUCAAGGUUUUUGCUUUGCUUUGGCCGAUGUUAGAUAUAACUAUCUGUUUUUGAAAAUUAUGUGAUAAAUAAUAUUGGCAGGCACCAGUGUCCUUUGGGUAAUUUAUUUUGUCAAAACUAUAAUGACACAUUCCAGCGUUACGAGACACCAUGAGCAACCGUUUUUUCGUAGCAAAAUUGUUCAUAUUUUACCAACAGCCUGACGAAAAUCUUUCAAAAUAGGUGUUUUGAGCUGCUAUUUAGUAGUACUUUCUCAAUACGAGGGCGAAAUAUUUAUUAUAAUAAGCAUCAUUGAAUAGUGGCGGAAUACUUUUCGUUACGGGACACCAUCGCAGAAAAUGCGUAUUCUGAACAUGAUUCAAACAUUUGCAAAACUCUGCUCUGUUUCAAGUUUUUCAAAGUCGACAUGUUCCAAAAAUUUUUAGCUGAAGACAGCCUGAAACUCAAAAUGUAAAGGUAUAUUCAGGUUUUGUGUUUAGUUUUUAAGAUAUAAUAAAAAUCAUUUCGUUACGGGACACCAUGCGCUGUUGGGCAAACGGUAUUCUGCAAAUGGUGUCCCGUAACGAAAAAAGUAAACUGCAUUAUAUGGUUUAUUUUAUCUAGAUUUCUGUUCAGGCCGUCAUAUUUUCUGUAUCUGGUCUAUAUUCACUAUAUUUUGUAACAAUAGUGUACUGAUUUGGUGUGUUAUAGUCUGGUAAUAAGACAAACGUAACGAAGUAUAUGUAAGGUAAAGUUUACUUUCAGGUAAAAAGAAAUACCCAUGGGAGAACUAUACUGAAGUAUCAUAAUGAAAUGCUUGCCUAAUCUUAGGGUUUGGACACAUUAGUAAUUAAAAUGUAGGGGCUGUGCAUUAAUUAUGUAACGAGUUUUCCCCAUCAUUGUUGACUAAUCGCCCCCUCCCCCUAUGUAAGAUUUUGCAUGAUUUUGGCCAAAAUAACAAAAUUCAAAAAUUUUAUUUGAAAAAAUUUAAAACGGUAAAUAAGGUUCGUCUUGAUGCGAAAGGUAUGCUUUAUUUGCGCUGCACGCCAAAAUAGUAUUAAAUAGCAAAUAUUCGAAAAAUUAGGUAUUUUGUUUUACUUCAGACGUAUCAGUUAACGUAUCAUAACGCAUAAAUUCAAAAGUUUUUAAGCAACUCUACUAUUUCAUGCAACAUUAACAACUCAUGUUGCGAGCUAUAACGAUAACAUAAGUUGCUAUAAAAGACUAAGUUUGCCUAUUCUUUAAAAUAACUUUGUUGAU